AUGAGUGAUGACAAAUUAGAAAUGACUGUGCCUUCAAUUGGCCAUGACGACAAAUUGAAAACAAAUCUAUCGCCAUCGUCACCUUCACCAACAUCAUCUCCAUCAACAACACAAAUAACUUUAACUAAACUUGGUUCAUUAACCAAUCGUAUACUUUCACCCAGCAAUAUUAAUUCGUCACCUAUAUCAACAAAUUCAUCACAUAUUUCACCAAUAAAAUCAUCAUGUAAUAAUUCUUCAUCAUCAUCAUCUAUUCGACGUACAUUUAACAUCUGUGAUAUUCUUGCUAAACCUUCAUCAACCGUUGACAGUAAUAAUAAUACUCGUCUUAAUCAUUUAAUUAAAAAACCUAAAGCUCAUCGAUUAAAUGAUUAUACAAAAAUAAUUCUUGAACAAAAAAAUGAUUCAACAAAUCAUAAAUCCGUCUAUUCACAUUCAGAUAAUGAUGAUGAUUAUGAUGAUGAGCAUCAUGGUUCAAUAAGUGAUUGUGAUGUAUCUGAUGGAUGUUUAUCAGAAGCUGGUGAUAAAAUACAUGAUGAUGAUUUAAAUGCAUCAAUUAGUGAUGGUGACAAAUCAAAAUCAUCAUCAACAAGUUCAUCAACAGCUGAUAAACCAUCAAAACCACGUCGAGCACGAACAGCAUUUACAUAUGAACAAUUGGUUGCAUUAGAAAAUAAAUUUAAACAAACAAGGUAUUUAUCAGUUUGCGAACGACUUAAUCUUGCUUUAUCAUUAUCAUUAACAGAAACACAAGUUAAAAUUUGGUUUCAAAAUCGGCGAACAAAAUGGAAAAAACAAAAUCCUGGUCUUGAUGUUAAUUCACCAACAAUACCAACAACAGUUGGUUCAUCAUCUGUAGGAAUGCAUUCAGCUGCAGCGGCAGCUUAUGUUGCUUGUGCUGCUUCAUUUUAUAAUUCACAACAACAACAAGUCGGUAGUUCGUCGUCAACCAAUUCUUCAACAUCAAAUCCUUAUCCACUUAUAUCACCACUUUAUGCUGCCUCACUUUAUGCUAAUGCUCGAAAAUUUAGUUGA